AUCGUCAUAGUUACGACACCAACGAUUAUCGCACCAUGUAGAUUAGUGAGUUAGUGAGCCAGUCGUCGGGAUUUGUUUUGUUGUCUGGUUCACAUUGCAUCAUGAACGAAACAAUAAUUCAAGUAGAUUCGGCAGUCAAUUUCAAUCUUGGGCCACAUUUAGACACAGUUGACGAUGGCAAUGAUGAUGGCAAGGAUUUAUAUUACCCACGAAUAAACAACCGUGGUGAAUGCAUUGUAUUGGAUUAUCUGGAUAAUGCUCAAACACAACGCACAGUGAAGCAAUUGGAAUCGACAUUCAAGCGAUUAAAUUAUCAUUUCCAACAUCAUCCCAAUCUGAAUAACAAACAAACGUUGAAAUUACUUGAUGCACAAGUUGGUCAAUCGGCAAUCGAUUCCUGUUUCCUAUUCAUUCUGACGACGUCAUGUCGAGAAGUGAUUAGCUGUGCGAACCAAACGCGAAUCAAAUCAGACCUGCUCAUCGAUUCGUUGAACGGCAAAAACAGCAAAUCAUUGGCUGGCAAACCGAAAAUUGUCAUCAUUCAAGAGUUUAAUCAACAUCGACUAAUCUGCGACGGAGGAAAUGAUCGACUACCGAAACCAUGCCUCAUUCCGACCUACGCUGACAUGUUGAUCUAUACAUUUCGAGGCGGUAGUCCAAUAUUCUUGCAAACACUGUGUUCGAUAAUGAGGCAACAUUCAAACAACAACAACAACAAAUUCGAUCUAGUCAAACAAUUGACCAUGGUUACCAAUGUUGUCCAUGAACGAACCGGCACCAUACCAGAAAUGUUUUCUACCACCAUCAAAUUAAUUCGAAUCUAACAAAUGUCAACCAAAGUUUAAUGAAUCAAUGAAUUUCCACCUCAAAUAAAGCGACCUAAAUUUUUUUCAUUUCA